AUGGAAAAGAAGGAGUCGUUUCCAGGUUCCAGGCAAUUGAAUUUGAAGAAAUCCUUCAAUCUCGGUUUGCGCUCCUUAUUGAAUGCCUGCUCCGAUGAGGAAUUUCGCGAGGCAUUCCCGGGAUUUACUGCACCGGAGCGGGAGCGGCUCCAUGGACUCUUUCUUCAGAAAAUGAUUAUGGUGACUGUAAUCUCGCACUUAUUGCAGGAAGAAUUUGAGUCCAUAUUUCUCCAGACGCAGGCAGGGACAGUCUUGGACACUGUAGAAGAGCUAGUGGAAGAACAUAAUUUGGAUCCUCUAAUCUCAGAGAAGAGUAAUGUAGGAGAGACGGCUCAAAUUUUGUCCGAAGCAAAGAAAAAUGAAAUAAAAGAUCUGACAGGGCUUUUGGAAAAGGCAGAGGAACAGAAGCGUAAACUUGAAGCCCGUUAUGAACUCCUCAAGAAAGAAAAGCAAGACUUCUCUGGAGCUACUAAUCUUGUCGAUGAGUUAAGGACCAGAAUAUCAAACUACAAUAAUGACCACCUUUCUGAGCUUGCUGAUAUCUGA